GAGGGGCGGGGCUGGGGGUCGCGGGGAGGGGGCGGGGCUUACUGACGCGAGUUUGAAGAUGGCGGCCGCCGCGGUGGAGUUGAAUCGCGCGCAGUCGCUCCUGCACUGCGAUCAGAAAACCUCCAUAGACAUCCUCCACCAGCUCGUCAAACGAGAUGUGGAAGACGAGGAUGAAGAAGCCAUUCGGGUGAAGGAGCAGAGCAUCCUGGAGCUGGGGGGGCUUUUGGCCAAGACUGGCCAGGCCGCCGAGCUGGGAGGGCUGCUCAAGUUUGUGCGGCCGUUCCUGAACUCUGUGAGCAAGGCGAAGGCGGCGCGCCUGGUGCGCUCGCUGCUCGACAUGUUCCUGGACAUGGAGGCGGCCACGGGGCAGGAGGUUGACUUGUGCUUGGAGUGCAUUGAAUGGGCCAAAGCAGAGAAGAGGACAUUUCUGAGGCAGGCACUUGAGGCUCGGCUCGUGGCGCUUUAUUUUGACACCAAGCGGUACCCAGAAGCCCUGCAGCUCGGCUCCCAGCUGCUGCGGGAGCUGAAGAAGUUGGACGACAAGGCGCUGCUGGUGGAGGUGCAACUCAUGGAGAGCAAGACCUACCACGCACUCAGCAACCUCCCGCGGGCGCGCGCAGCCCUCACGUCCGCACGCACCACGGCCAACGGCAUCUACUGCCCCCCCAAGAUGCAGGCGGCUCUUGACAUGCAGUCAGGAAUAAUCCAUGCGGCUGAGGAGAAGGAUUGGAAGACAGCCUACUCCUACUUCUACGAAGCCUUCGAGGGAUACGACUCCAUCGACAGCCCAAGGGCCAUCACUGCCCUCAAAUACAUGCUGCUGUGCAAGAUCAUGCUCAACACGCCUGAAGAUGUUCAGAACAUAGUGAGUGGAAAGCUUGCCCUCCGCUACGCCGGCAGGAAGACAGACGCCAUGAAAAGUAUAGCGCAAGCAAGCAAAGACCGCUCCCUGUCAGAUUUCAACAAGGCACUGUGCGAGUACAAGGAGGAGUUGCAGAACGACCCCAUCAUCGCGACGCAUCUGGAGAAGCUCUAUCAGAACCUCCUUGAGAAGAACCUCAUCCGCGUCAUUGAACCCUUCUCGAGGGUACAGAUUGACCAUGUGGCAACACUCAUCAAGCUAAAGAAAAACUUGGUGGAAAAGAAGCUUUCACAAAUGAUUUUGGACAAGAAGUUCUACGGCAUCCUUGACCAGGGCGAGGGCGUCCUGAUCGUGUGGGAGGAGCCGCCCGUGGACAAGACGUACGAGUCGGCGCUGGAGACAAUACAGAGCAUGAGCAAGGUGGUGGAUGCGCUAUACAACAAGGCAAAGAAGCUCACAUAGAAUCAACUGUUAUUCGACCCCUUUCCCCACCUGCCCCCCCAAACAUCCCCAAAUUCUCUUCCACCUUCUUCCCCUCCACUCCCCCAUCUCACCCCCCCCCCCAUCUCCCCACCACCCACACCAAGGCCAACCCCUCAGUCCCUGCCCAGUGGGAGUGAGUUGAAGAGAGGACGCUGCACGUGUGGUCGCUGAGUGUACCUGUGUGCGACCACUAGUGCUCUAGUCCCCUCUGUUAAAGAGCGUUCAACCCGGUUUUGUGUUUUAUGCACGCAACAGUUUUAUAAAGGAUUCGCCACAGGCGUCGGCCACAAACCUUGGUCGCAGGUGAAACACGCGAGUGGCCCCCACACGAAAGGUGUUCCGUGGAGUUCGUGGGUUUGUGCUGCGGGAGGCACUCAGGAGGCACUCUGGGCUUCACUAUCCAAGAGUGGGGGCUCACGUUUGUACGGGGUCCACUUCAAAUACCACGUAAUACUUCAGUACAAUAAGUAAGCUCUGUCUGAUUUUUGUACAACCGACGAUAGUGCGAUUGACGGCUAAAAUAUCUACGGACAAAGCUGCAAGGAAACACGACGAGGAUGUGUUUUCAGGAGCAGUGUCACAAGUGCUGCAGUGGGAUUUGUCGCACAUGAGUACGAGUGUUAACGAAUGUCAUGCAAGGCACAUUUGGGUACCUAUGUUACUUGUGGCACUACUUCUGGUUGGCAACUGUGUGCACUAUUUUUUUUGUUAAGUCCCAAUUUUUUUUAUUACGGUCAUCUUUUCAGUAGUUGGCUCUGUCUAUUCAAGUUCGUUCAGAACUUGCAUUGCUUUUAUAACACCUUGGUUGGCACGUGUCUGGUAGCUUUUGUUGUGCUGCACCGAGUAAUGCAGCAUUGGUAGCGCAGCAAAAGUAAAGCAGCAGUGCAUUUUCAGCUGAUAUUUCUGCAGGGAAAUGAAAAAAAAAUCACCAACUGUGCAGAAAGUGAAUGUGGAUAUCACAGGAUCUGUUUUUGCAAAUCCAAGUCGUGGUGUGCCAGACUUAGAAUCCAAAUUUCAAAUUAAAAAGAUUAUUGAUAGGAAAAAAAAAAUUGCCAAGGUUUAUCUGAUAUUUUUGAAGCGAGAAAACAAAUCUCCAACGGGAUUUCACCUGAUGAAAUAAAGGACACUUGAUUGCAUGGGAAGACCUGCCCUGCUGUUAUUUUUAAUGCCAAUGAUGCGCGUCUGCAGUCAUGUCGAUUUCUUCUGGUUUACGUUAUUGUUUGAAGCGCGGUGGACCUGUGGUUAUAACGAGGAAAGCCUCCAAGCCGUAUCGUCCACAACCCGCCCUCCCCCACCACCGCACCCCUAACCCUACCAUGACCUCGUCUGCACAGAGCGACUCGUCGCGCCGGCUGGGGAGGGCGUGCCGAGAGGAUAACCUCUGGUCUAUUCCUCAAUAAAAUCCGACGUUUUCCAA